CAAGGCAUCCUGGCGGAAGAAGACACAGCCGCACAGUGAAGGUGUCUCAGUCAGAGUGACCCAGGCCACAGAACAGAAAGUGGGGUUAUCGAUUGACUGACGUAAAACACCAUGGCAGCCACUGAGGACUCAUCAGGCUCCACUGUACGGAACAGGAAAAGUAAUCCCACCAAGGACCAAACCUAUGCAGAACAAAAUGGUGGUGCAUCUGAUCACAUUGACAGUCUUAUUGAAUGGAGAAGACACAUGGAGGGUGUGAAAGCAGAAAUCUUGGAGGAUGUAAACAAUCAUUUAAGGAUCCUCCUUGAUAAAGCCAUGACCGAGGCUGUGCAAUCCUUCAGGAAUGGAGAUAAAACUGCAACAUCUGUAAUUAAACAACGACCCCAAGGACCAGUGUCUGAAAGAAGGAAAACAUUUGUGCAUCGUGCUUCCCUGCUAGAUGACCUGAUGGAAGUGGAACAUUUCCGAACCAUUUACCACAUGUUUUUGGCUGCCCUCUGUGUGUUUAUGAUUAGUACAGUAGCUGUGGAUAUCAUUGACCAAGGAAGGGUGGUUUUUGAGUUUGACCUUCUCAUGUUUACUUUUGGACAACUUGGCACGGUUGCUUGGUCCUGGAUCUGUCUGUUUACAUAUACACUGCUGGUCCCUUAUAAAACUAUUGUCUUUUGGGGGUCUUUAUACCCCAAAUCCAAUCACAAAAUCAUGUUGUCUGCCUUUGUAGGCAUAUUCCUACUUGUGGCUCAGACAUGUGUCCUUUGUAUUUUCCCUGUCUAUGUGGUAAAGCAUUAUCAGUUACCUCCAGCAUCAAGUUUCAUCGUUAUCCUGGAACAGGUUCGACUACUUAUGAAGAGUCACUCGUUUUUAAGAGAGGCAGCUUCAGCUAUCCUACAGAAGGAAAACAAAGAGGUUCACCUGCCAAAACUUUCCAGUUACCUAUAUUUUCUCUUCUGUCCAACUCUAAUCUAUAGAGACAGCUAUCCCAGAACCCCAUACAUCAGGUGGAAAUAUGUAAUCAAGAACUUUUCCCAGUUUCUAGGCUGCCUUUUUUUCGGAUACUACGUCUUUGUCACCCUGUGUAUUCCAGUGUUUACCAACAUGAGCAAACAGCCAUUCAGUGUAAAGAAUUUGGUGUUGGCCAUCUUCCAUGCUACACUACCAGGUACCUUUGUGCUGCUGCUGUCAUUCUUCGCAUUCUUGCACUGCUGGCUGAAUGCUUUUGCGGAGAUGCUCCGCUUUGCAGAUCGCAUGUUUUACAAGGACUGGUGGAAUUCCACUUCAUUCGCAAACUAUUACCGGACGUGGAAUGUGGUGGUUCAUGAUUGGCUCUUUUAUUAUGUAUACCAGGAUCUUCUGAGGCUGCUGAAUCAGAAGUUUCGGUCAGGAGCGAUGAUGACCGUGUUUCUCAUAUCUGCUUUUGUGCAUGAAUAUGUCUUCACGCUGUCAUUUGGUUUUUUUUACCCGGUUCUGUUUUGUCUCUUUGCUAUUUUUGGAGCCUUGUUUAAUUUCGCAAUCAAUGAUAAACGAGCAAGUCCAGUGUUUAAUGUAAUGGUAUGGACCUGCCUGUUCAUUGGUCAGGGUAUCCAGAUUUGUCUAUACUCUCAGGAAUGGUAUGCACAGAUCCAUUGUCCACUCACAGAGAAAACAUUCUGGGGACUAGUAACACCUCGCUCAUGGUCCUGCCGCUUAUGAUCGAAGAACCAAGUAAAACUCUAGAAACUUUCUAUAUGUACAUUUUAUUACCUAUGUACAGGAACGUACAAAACAUUUGCCAGUGACUGGAUGUAUGGACCUUGUUCUACAGUACAUUUGAAAUCUCCAAGAUCAGAACAAUCACUUGUACUAAUGCAAAUAUAUUUUUUAGUCAAGAAGCUCGACCUAAAGCAUUAAAAAGUAACCAAAUUCAAAGCCUUAUGUGUCAUUGAGGGCGUAGUAGCAAUGAAAUGCCUUAUUAUCAGACUAAUUAACAUACAUAUAACAUAUUUUAUAUAUAUUUUUUAAAUGAUGCAGACACUGAAAUUUACUACAGUUGUUUCACUAAAAACUUGAACAAUCAAUGGCCUGAAACUGUAAACUGGUUACUUUUUCUUAGCUCUAACUGUAAUAUAGAGAUACAUAUGUGAAAAUAUGUGUUAAACUAUUUAUCUGUUAUAGUCAGUACUAGAAUUUGUUGCUGGGUCUGAGAGGAGGCUGUACAUAAAAUGUUACCUGCAGACACAAAGUUGAACCAAUGAUCAUCUAUGCAAUACCAUUAUUAAAAUAUGAAGCCUUCAGAUCUAA